AGUUGAAGUACCUUUUUUUGUGGCACAUCGUACCCAUCUUUUAUCCUUCCUUGUCUUGUCUGUCAUCAACCACCAGCAUCACACUUGUUUGUCUGGUCCACUCAAACAAUCGAAGACACUUUCCACUAUGGCACCACAUUCACUGCUGGACGACAUGUCGUCUUCUCCACACUCGGAGAACUCAACGGCCAUCACCUCGCCUGACGACAUGUUCAGCAUGGUCAACGGCAUCAAGCGAUCGAAUCUGCAUCGAUAUGGCGACGAUGAAGUGCAAGAUCUCGUGUGCUGUGGUUUCGGCCCCGCGUCUCUCGCAAUUGCUGUCGCUCUCCACGACAGCCUGGAGCUGAACGACACUAGGCUAUCGACUCGUGCUCCGCGUGUGCGCUUCCUGGAAAAGCAGCACAAGUUCGCAUGGCACGCUGGUAUGCUGUUGCCAGGCGCGAAAAUGCAAAUCACCUUCCUCAAGGAUAUGGCAACUCUCCGAAACCCGCGAAGCGAGUUCACUUUUUUGAACUACCUGCACAGCAACGACCGGUUAGUGACAUUCACCAACCUGAACACAUUCCUGCCUCAGCGGAUAGAGUACGAAGACUACAUGCGUUGGUGUGCAGAGCACUUCAACAACGUCGUCGACUAUAGCCAGAAUGUGGACACUGUUACUGCUGGCCCACGGAAUUCGAGGACGGGCGCUGUAGAGUACUUCAACGUGCAAUCGACAAACACCCAGACUGGCGAACGACAGUCGCUCAAGGCCAGGCAUGUCGUCAUUGCCGCGGGAGGUCGACCCAACAUCCCGCGAUCGCUUCCACAGAACCACCCGAGAGUGAUCCACUCUUCGCAAUAUGCCACACAUAUCAACAAGAUCUUUGCAGAGGGCUCAAGACCGAGGAGGAUUGCCGUUAUUGGAGGCGGACAGAGUGCUGCUGAGUGCUGGCAUGAUGUGCCCACACGUUUCCCAGGAACGCAAUCCGUGCUACUGAUUCGAGGUGCGGCCUUGAAGCCCAGUGAUGACUCGCCUUUUGUCAACGAAGUAUUCAACCCAGACCGAGUGGACCACGUCUUCUCCCAGGAUCCACACAUUCGCGCAAAUGCUCUGGCCAUGGACAAAGCGACCAACUACGGUGUCGUCCGAAUCGAAUUGCUUGAGCACAUUUACAAUGAAAUGUACACAUACCGCCUCAAGGGUAUCGCAGAAGAGGACUGGCCACAGAGAAUCCAGCCCCACCGGGAAGUCACUGGCCUGCGGGAUAUCACGGUCGAUGGCAAGCCGGCCGUCGAGCUGCAGAUCCAGAACAACUCUGGUCUGUACCAACACCACAGGAAUGUUGGCACCGAGACAUUGGAGGUUGAUCUGGUCGUCGUGGCCAGCGGUUACAAGCGUGACUCGCACAAGGACAUGCUGAAGGAAGUCCGCGGUCUCAUGCGGGGCGGCGACGCCGAGGACAACGACUGGACUGUCAAGCGUGACUACGCUGUUGAGUUCGAGGAGGGAGCUGUCGACCCAGGCGCUGGCGUCUGGCUGCAAGGUUGCAAUGAGAAGACACAUGGUCUCUCUGAUACGCUCCUCUCCAUUCUUGCGGUGCGUGGUGGAGAGAUGGUUGAGAACAUCUUCGGCUACUCACCUGUUGCGAAUGAGAAGCACAUGGAGACUUCUUUGAAGCUGAGAUGAUUUGACGAUGAUAUUGCGGGAUGUUUUUCAAGUUAGACUCGCGGGUCUCUUCCCUGUAGCAUGAUUCCCCCGAAGCUUGGGUGAUGGUUGGUAUAAAAUGGGUUCUUCGCAGCGAUAAUGCCACUUUAUCUUGCACAAAGGUUGCCUUUCUUCUCUCAUUUCACUCUUUUGUUCCAGUUCAGUCUGGCGUG